UGGCUAAGAAUGUCCUGUCAUGGAAAGCAGGCACGAACGCUGCCGCCUCCUUUUACUUGUUUAAGUUCUUCCGCCAAUUACUUUCUGUCUGGUUAUCUUUAUCUGUGCGUCUUGAGGGGAUAAUCUUGAGCCGCCGCAUAAGAAACAAGUUGCUCGAUCGAAGCCGUCACUCGUCCAGUACCGCGUCUUUCCUGGCACAGCGAGGACCCAGAGAAGACCUUGGUCGAACGAAAUGGGCUGGUCGAACGUGGGAACGUGCGUGGUGCUAGCUGUGCUGGUUGGUGUCAUAAUCGCUGCCAAUCGCCGAGAAAGAACUGACGCGUUUCGGAUGAUUGGCGCAUUUCCGCGACCUGUCAGCAUCUCGACGUCCAGCAACGACUCGUCCUUCAAGUGCUUGAGCGCUAUCCGCACGCACUUCGAUCUUGAAGCAAAGAAGGCGACCUACGUUUGGCGCCUCAGAGACGACCAUGGUAGAGUGAAAAAAAAUAUAAGCUUUGACAUCGAGGAGGGAAAGGAAAUUGACCAGGUCAUCUACUACGUCGACGGUGAUCGCACUCGUCCUUUUACUGCCUACUACAAUUACACCGACUACGAGAACUGCAUGAUCAUGAUUGUUCCCUACAGCGGCCACGAUCAUUGCAUGCUGUGGGUGAAACGUAGGGUCGCUCACUCAGUGCCACAAAACUGCUUGGACAAAUACGAAGAGAACUGCGACGUCAGAGUGCCAACGUAUGAGAACGACCUCUGCAAGGACGACUAAUAAAAUCGCGUUCCGCAGUGCUCCAC